CUGACUUUCCUCUUGCUUAAAAUUAAAAGCAUUAAGAAAAGGCUUUUCUGGAUAUUCGUGUUGUUUAGUAGACCGCACUUUCAAGUUGGUACAGUAGGGUACAAUCGAAAGGAAACUGCACACCCCUCAACUAGCAAUAUAUAUUGCGUACAUAAAGAACCUCGCGCUUUCCAAACUCCUACGUCUUCAAUCCCUCUCAACGACUAUCUGAUUCUUUGUCGAACACCUUUUCUUCACUAUGCGCGACGCACAUCAAUCCAGCUUCCUUCCCUUGUCACAGGGCACAUUUACCCCCGCCACGCCGUCCGGCCUCACGCCAAACACUCGCUCCGAAGCAGAAGCUGCACUCACCCACAACAGCAGCGCGCAAACCGACUCCGCUGCCCCUAUCCCAGCCCACCCUCCGGAUGAGAACGCCUCCGUCGAAGUCGGCCCUAGCGGUAGCAACACCCAAGCUUCAGAUCUCGAUGACGGUAUUGAGGAUGCAAAGAAAGCGUAUCGCCGACCGCCGGGGCCGAUCAGAACAAGCUCAAAGAACUACGAGAACGCAUUGAGGGAAGCACACAAGAACGCUUCUGCGUCAUCGAAUCUGCCGAUGGAUACCGUUGCAGAGAAUAUCACGGGAGUGAGGACGUCGAGUCCAGCGUCGACGAUUAUGCCAUUUCCACCGCCGGGCCAGGGGGUCGUCCCACUUCUUUCGGGGGUUGGUAGUGGUCAAGCGAAUGCAGUGAAGAGGGUGGUGCCGACAGGUUUGAGUUUGGGCAAUCUGGGUAGAAGCCAGAGCUGGAACGAGCAAGAUAUGAAACAUGUGUUCAGCGCUAACUUGAUGGUAGAGGUACAGGGAGAUCCCGGAUAUGCAUCUGGGGCAGAGGAGAGUGGUGUUGGGCCGGUUUGAUGUGAGCAUGGCAUGCUGUAAGUUCUGGGGCUUGAUUGUGAAGCUAUUUGGUGACGAAGCUUGACUGAAGAGUAUAUGGACGAAGGGUGGUGAAAACUAAGACAAGCCUUGACUGACUAGGUUGCCAUGAGGUAUGAAGCUAUUGUGAUAGACUAGGGAAGGCGGCAUUGCUUUGGUAUUUGAUAUGGGGAGAUGGCAUACAGAUGAGGAUAAAU